GUGGAAUGAGACUGCCUGUUAUAACAUGUCCUGGAGAGAGAGAGAGGAAUAGAGAGAGAGAGGAAUAGAGAGAGGGGGAGAAUAGAAAGAAAGAGACCAAGAUAGACAAGGACUGAGAGAGACAGAGGCCGAGAUAGACUGAGAGAGUAAUAAGGUACCCACACGGAUAUUACAAGCUCAAGUAAAGCUGUUGUUGACCUACUCUUCUGAAAAGCACAGGGGAGAGGACAGAAAGGGUGUGUGUGUGUGUAGAUGUGUGACAGCGGUGUGUGUGAAGACAAGCCCCCCGCCCCCCCUGUCAGAAUGAACAGCCAAGGAGGCGGAGCCAAGGACUCCGUGUCGGGCAACUACAACUCUCGGUCCCUCCCCUCUGUUCCCGAGAAACAGAAACGGAGUAAAAUGAUCUCCAUAUUCGCCUCAGAGAAAGGAGGCAGGAAGAAGGAUCGGGAUAAGGACAACAGACCAGAGAUCUCCUCUCCGUCAGACUUUGAACACACCAUCCAUGUGGGCUUCGACUCCGUCACAGGAGAGUUCACAGGCAUGCCGGAGCAGUGGUCCAAACUGCUCCAGACGUCUAACAUCAGUAAAUCGGAGCAGAAGCAGAAUCCUCAGGCUGUUCUGGACAUUCUCAAGUUCUACGACUCCUCCACCGCAAAACAGAAAUACCUCUCCUUCUCAGAAAAAGAUGCACAGUCGCCUGGAAAGCAGGGUGCCACGUCCUCGCCAUCAGGCGGUAAGGACGGUGAUGAUGAUGACGAUGAUGGAGACGAAGCUCCGCCCCCUGUUGUGGCGCCACGGCCUGAGCACACCAAAUCAGUGUACACCAAGUCUGUCAUCGACCCACUUCCCCCGUUGUCAGAGCCUGACUCCGCCUCCAACAGGAACAAGAAGAAACAGCAGGGCAAGAUGACUGACGAGGAAAUCAUGGAGAAACUACGAACCAUUGUCAGUAUUGGUGAUCCCAAGAAGAAGUACACACGCUAUGAGAAGAUCGGCCAGGGAGCGUCUGGUACUGUCUACACAGCCAUCGAUGUUGCCACUGGUGCAGAGGUAGCUAUCAAACAGAUCAACCUCCAGAAACAGCCGAAGAAGGAGCUGAUCAUCAACGAGAUCCUGGUGAUGAAGGAGUUACAACAACCUAACAUCGUCAACUACGUAGACAGUUUCCUGGUAGGUGAGGAGUUGUUUGUGGUGAUGGAGUAUCUGGCUGGAGGUUCGCUAACAGACGUUGUCACGGAAACAUGCAUGGACGAGGCUCAGAUCGCUGCUGUGUGCAGAGAGUGUCUGCAGGCUCUGGAGUUCCUCCAUGCCAACCAGGUGAUCCACAGAGACAUCAAGAGUGACAACGUGCUGCUGGGAAUGGACGGAUCUGUCAAGCUCACGGACUUUGGGUUCUGUGCCCAGAUCACUCCAGAGCAGAGUAAGAGGAGCACCAUGGUGGGGACUCCCUAUUGGAUGGCUCCUGAGGUGGUGACCAGGAAGGCCUACGGACCCAAGGUGGACAUCUGGUCCCUGGGCAUCAUGGCUAUAGAGAUGGUGGAGGGAGAACCCCCUUACCUCAACGAGAACCCACUCAGGGCCCUCUACCUGAUAGCCACCAAUGGGACUCCAGAGCUCCAGUCUCCAGAGAAGUUAUCUCCAGUGUUCAGGUCCUUCCUGUCCCGCUGUCUGGAGAUGGAUGUAGAGAAGAGAGGAGGGGGGAAAGAACUACUGCAGCAUCCAUUCCUAAAGCUGGCCAAGCCUCUCUCCAGCCUCACCCCUCUCAUCCUGGCAGCCAAGGAGGCCAUGAAGAGUAACCGCUAACCCUAGUUAGCCACAGAUACACUGGAUUCCUCUGUCUCUGUGUUAGCCUGACCGCUAACUGCUAACUACGAGCCUUACCAGCUAACUUCCAGCCCUACUGUGCCAACUCGUCAGUGCCUCUCUGUAAUUGACAGCAUCUCCUCCUUGAUGCUAAAUGCUAGCCUGCUAGCGCCCUGGCUCGUACACCUACAAGUCACACAAGUCAGCCUCCUGCUCUGUUUGACUCCCCUUCCCGUCUGUCCUUCACCCCUCACUCCAUAUCACAUACCAGUCUUCCUAUGUCUCGUACCCUCUCCCUGUCUGUCCCUCACCCCCCCUCCUCAUCUGUCCCUCACCCCCCCUCCUCACCCUCUUGUUCAUCCAGAUGUUGUGAGGUUUUCUUGUUCUGCUUGUCUCUCUGCCUGCGACCUGUUCUUUCUUUCUCUCUACUCUGACUAAGAAACUUAAAGGUGCAAUCUGUAAAAAUGAUUGUCCCACAAACAAAUAGUUCAUUUCAAGCCUACAGUAUCAGUGUUGCAGUACACCUGCAAAUAAAACUACAGAUUGCACCUUUAAUAAAAUGAAAGAAAAUAAUUGCUGUAUGGAACUAUCUCGGUAUUCAAUUCAAAUAUUUUGGCAGCAAAACCAAAUUACAUUUUUCAAAAUCGUUUUGUAUAUUAUGUACUUUGACAAACGUUGAGGGGGGAAAAUCUGGAUACUUGGAGAACUGUUUUUUAACGUGUAUGUAUACUUUUCAUUUGGUGUUUUGUAACUAACAUUCUGAUAGAAAUGUUCCAUAACGGUGUGCCUUAAUGAACACAACCUCUAGGCUCUAUGGGGUGAAUCCUAACUUUCACUUUAUUAAGUUGAACUUUCACUUAGUGUCCCGUUGACAUCAACGCAUGACUACGUGAAAACGUGACUUAAAUGGAAGUUAGGAUUUGCUCCUAUGAUUGGCCAAUCAAAAAGCAUUCCACCGUGCUAGACUAGUUCCAUUCCAUUUCACAGACAUUCCAGUCAGAGAGGUUGAUUGGUUGAGUCUGAUGAGGGUGAUGAUUUUAAUGAGUAUCCCCUUCUGUUGAUCAUUUUUAAUUAAUGAAACCAAAAGGUUUUUUUUACUGGAAACCAUGUAUUUUCAAACAGUCUAUGUAAAUUAUUAUUAAAGAUAGACUUGAACUAA